AUGGUCGCACCCCAGGAUCCAGGCGCGAAGACGUCGUCGAGGUGCACGCCGGGGACGGCGCGGGCCACGCACGCGUUCGAGAUCGUUGGGUACAGCCUGCACAAGGGCCUUGGCAGCGGUAAAUGUAUCUGUUCCGCCACCUUCUCCGCCGGUGGCCACGAAUGGCGUAUCCUCUACUACCCCGACGGCUACACCAAGGAGGACAACGAAGAGUACGUCUCUGUCUUCGUCCAGCUCAUCGGUGAGGGCGGCGAGGGCGGCGAGGUGAGGGCGCUCUUGGACUUGAGGCUAGUGGAGGAGGCAUCCGGGCUGUCCAUGUCAGUGGUCUCAAAGGGAUCGCCAAUAACAUUCAAGGCCGGUACCAUCCGGGGAUACCCAAAGUUCAAGAAGAGGAGCGAGCUGGAAGCAUCGCCAUACCUGCGGGAUGACCGCCUUGUGAUCGAGUGCGAGAUCACUGUCAUCAAGGAACCACGCGUGAUGCAGACCUCGCCGGUCUUUCAGGCAAUGGUGCCGCUCUCUGACUUGUCGGGUAAUCUUGCCGAACUGUUGGAGGCACAGGAUGAAGCGGAUGUGAUUUUCAAGGUUAAAGGCGAGACAUUCCCUGCUCACAAGAUCAUCCUCGCAAUGCGGUCGCCGGUCUUCAAGGCGCAGUUCUACGGGCCAAUGAAGGACAAGAGGAUGAGGAACGUAACAGUUGAAGAUAUCCAGCCUGCUGUCUUCAAAGCCUUGGUUCACUUCAUAUACACUGAUUCACUGCCUUCCAUGGAUGAUCUUGAUGAUGGUGAGUACGACGAAAUGGUCAAGCACUUGCUGGUGGCUGCAGAUAGGUAUGCGGUGGAAAGUAUGAAGAUGCUGUGCGAAGGCAUUCUUUGCAAGAAUCUUGAUGUUGAGAGUGUGGCAACCACAUUGGGUCUAGCUGAUCAGUAUCACUGCAGCAUGCUCAAAGAUGCCUGCGUUGAAUUUAUCAUCUCUUCGGACAGAAUGAAGGAUGUGUUGGCAACCGAAGGAUAUGUGCAUCUGAAAAAGUCAAGACCUACUAUCUUAGUUGAUAUGUUCGAGAAAUUAACCCUGUCUCACAAUAUUUAG